UGUGAAGGAGUGCAGGCCAGACUCUCGGGCUUAGCGGGAGGGGGCAAGAAGGACUUCCCAGGGUAGCCAUGGAGUUCAGUGGAUGGGAUCUGGAUAAGUACGAGGAGUAGGGUGGUCGCACGCGGAGGGGAGUUGCAGUCCCCGGAAGGUGCAAGCGAGCAGGACGCGAGUGUGAAUGCGAGUGUGUGUGCGCGCGCUGCAGUUCGCCUGGUUCCGCGAGGCGCGGGUGUCAGCUUGCAGCCGGGGCUCCUCCCUCCGGCCCCCCUGCCCCGCCGGGCGGUCCCUCCCUCCUUCCCCAUCGCCCCUCCCCGGCGGGCCAGGCGCUGGGACGCCCCGGCCGAGCAGGCAACGGCGGUGGCGGCGGCUAGUUGGGGAGCCCUAGGUUCCGUACUGCGGGACGAUCCGGAGCCGAGCGUUUCUUGCCCCGGCUGGGCGGUGCUGGGCCCGCUUCCCACGGAGCCACGCCCUGUCAAAACUUUGUCGCUGCAGCGGCCAAACGAUCGGAGCCGGGCCAGCGAGAAGGAGGGAGGGGCGCCGGGCCGGGCCAGGCAGGGCGCGGGGCUCUGAGCGCAGCGGCCCCGGCCCGUGGCCCCACCAUGCCCCAGCUCGGUGGUGGCCGCGGUGGCGGCGCCGGCGGGGGAGGCGGUGGCUCCGGAGCCGGGGCAACCAGUGGAGGGGACGACCUCGGAGCGAACGACGAGCUGAUCCCCUUCCAGGACGAGGGGGGCGAAGAGCAGGAGCCGAGCAGCGACAGCGCUUCGGCGCAGAGGGAUCUGGAUGAGGUCAAGUCGUCCCUGGUCAACGAAUCGGAGAAUCAGAGCAGUAGCUCGGACUCCGAGGCGGAGAGGCGCCCGCAGCCCGCCCGGGACGCUUUCCAGAAGCCGCGCGACUAUUUCGCCGAAGUGAGAAGGCCCCAGGACGGCGCUUUCUUUAAGGGACCUGCGUACCCUGGGUACCCCUUCCUGAUGAUUCCAGACCUGAGCAGCCCAUACCUCUCCAAUGGACCCCUGUCUCCUGGUGGAGCGCGCACCUACCUGCAGAUGAAAUGGCCCCUCCUCGAUGUCCCCUCCAGCGCUACAGUCAAGGACACAAGAUCACCAUCUCCAGCACACUUGUAUGGGGAUCCUGCCCGUUGGAUGGUGCCUCCCACAUUCAGGUCCAACAAAGUCCCUGUUCUUCAGCAUCCUCAUCACCUACAGCACCCGCUGACCCCUCUCAUCACCUACAGCAACGACCACUUCUCCCCCGCGUCCCCUCCCACACAUCUGUCCCCAGAGAUCGACCCAAAGACAGCAGGUAUCCCCCGGCCCCCUCACCCAUCUGAGCUGUCACCGUAUUACCCACUGUCUCCAGGAGCUGUUGGACAAAUCCCCCAUCCCCUCGGCUGGCUCGUCCCACAGCAAGGACAGCCCAUGUACUCACUCCCUCCUGGUGGUUUCCGGCACCCUUACCCUGCCCUUGCCAUGAAUGCUUCAAUGUCCAGCCUGGUCUCAAGUCGGUUCUCCCCACACAUGGUGGCUCCUGCCCAUCCUGGUCUGCCCACCUCAGGAAUCCCCCACCCUGCCAUCGUCUCCCCCAUUGUGAAGCAGGAGCCAGCGCCCCCCAGCCUGAGCCCUGCAGUGAGUGCGAAAUCCCCCGUUACCGUGAAAAAGGAAGAGGAGAAGAAGCCUCACGUGAAAAAGCCUCUCAAUGCCUUCAUGUUGUAUAUGAAGGAGAUGAGGGCAAAGGUGGUGGCCGAGUGUACCCUGAAGGAAAGUGCAGCCAUUAACCAAAUCCUGGGAAGAAAGUGGCACAACCUGUCAAGAGAAGAACAGGCCAAAUACUAUGAACUUGCCCGGAAAGAACGGCAGCUUCACGCGCAGCUCUACCCAACCUGGUCAGCCCGGGACAACUAUGGUAAGAAGAAGAAGAGGAAGAGGGAAAAGCAGCUGUCACAGACACAGUCUCAGCAGCAAAUCCAGGAGGCAGAGGGUGCUCUGGUCUCUAAGAGCAAGAAGCCAUGCAUUCAGUACCUGCCCCCUGAGAAGCCUUGUGAUAGCCCUGCGUCUUCCCAUGGCAGCACGUUGGACUCCCCUGCGACUCCCUCCGCAGCCCUGGCGUCACCAGCUGCCCCUGCGGCUACUCACUCCGAGCAAGCCCAGCCCCUGUCACUCACCACCAAACCGGAGACCCGGGCCCAGCUGGCUCUCCACUCAGCUGCCUUCCUGUCAGCUAAGGCCACAGCCAGCAACUCCAGCCAGAUGGGCAGCCAGCCCCCACUCCUAUCCAGGCCCUUGCCCUUGGGCUCUAUGCCCACCGCUCUGCUGACCUCUCCCCCUUCUUUCCCAGCCACGCUCCAUGCCCACCAGACCCUCCCCGUGCUACAGGCCCAGCCUCUUUCCUUGGUCACCAAGUCUGCCCACUAAGCUGCCCCCGUUCUACGCAGGCUGUCUCGGGACUCCAAGUAGUAGUGAUUCAGAAGAGAGGAAGGGGGAAACACACAAAGCAAACAUUAUUGGUCAAUAUUUGACCACUCUGGACUGUUCUAUAAAGUAACUGGUAACAGCAGUGCUUUACCAGUGUAGAUGUAACCAGUAGCUGAUCUUCAGGCAUUUUUUUUUUAAAAAGGAGAAAACAAAAACAAAACAAAACCUGUCCCUCCCUCCCAAAAGAAUCUUCACAGGAAAGCACUGAAAAGCAGUGUGUUGCUCUCUCCCCUUGUGCUGUGGUAGGUAUACCUGGGCAGGAGAUACCUCUCUACCUCUUCUCUUCCUGACUCUCUGCCCUCCUUUUCGUUGCUGCCAGCCCCCACCUGCCCUAGCUUCCCCACCGUAUCUGCAAUGUGACCUGGCCUGGAGUUCUAGCCUUGGUACCCUUUCCUCCAGGUCAUUCCUGUUCCCUCACCCAAGUAUUUGUCAUGUGUUCAACACCAGUUCAUGCCCCUUUGUCCUCUGCCCAGUGUAAGGCCGUGGCCGUGUGAUUAUCCUCUCCCACCAGCAUCCCCCCUCCCUCUUCAGGUCCCAAUGGCCUGGCCUCCAGCUUGGGGUGGGGAAAGAGGUCCUUCUGAUACGAUCCCCCCCAACCCUGCAUUUAAAGGGACUCAAGGUGCCUACCACUGCCUUCAAGAAGUCUGUGUUCCUCUCCCCUGCCCAGUCAAGUUUUCUUUCCCACCUCGACGUCUCAGAGUGGCAGGCAGGCCCCAGGCCCACUGUCUGGCUCCUGUCACCUCCGACUAUGCUAGUACAAUCUGCAGAAGUUCCAAGACCCUCUGCUCUCCCCACCACCACCACCUCACAAGCUUUUUCUGUGUGUAUUUCAUUUUGUUUUUAUGGUUUUUGGAACAUUUUAAACUCCCAGUUUAUUUUCACAAAAGAAAAUAAAAUUACAGUUGCAAGAC